GUGGUAAUACACAAUCUAUACCAAGCGGAUCUCAAAUAACGGAUUACCCAAAAUCUCAAGCCAGUGGAAAUGGCCAUCCUCAAAGUACACAAUAUUCUCGAUAUGUACCUACAAGUAGAUAUUCUCAAUCUGUACUCAGUGGAUAUAUGCAAUCUCAGACUAGUGGAAAUAAUCCAACAUCACAAAAUCUUGCAUUUACUCCAGGAAAUAAUAGUGGAUAUUCAAAAAUUCCUACCAGUGGAUAUACUGAAUCCAAACCCUCUGGAUAUAAUCAGUCACAGCCAUCUGGGGGACAAAAACAAUAUCCACAAUCCCCAAAAGAAUACACAACUUCACCCAGUGGAUAUUUUACUUCGCCCAGUGGAUAUACAACUUCCAGUAGUUAUGACCAAAAACCAAGUGGAUAUACCCAACAGUAUAAAACAUAUACCCCUGAACUUGCUGGAUAUGCCCCAAAAACCAGCACUCCCCUAGGAAAUGAUACAUAUGAUAGCCCUCCCAGUGGAGAUAGUAGUCCCAAUGAACCUCAGAGGUCAGACGCAAGACAACAAUAUAGCCAUCUAAAUCGGGAACAUUUUGAGAUCAUGCAACGUAGGGCCUCAAUAAAUCCAGACACAACUUCAUUAGAUACAGUUUCAAUUGAUAGCAGUGAUCAAUGGGAGAGUUCACAGCAGAGUUCAUUGCAUAAUAGUUAUACAAACCCUCACCAGGGGGCAGUUUAUAGAAAUGAGCUGCAGGGAGCUGUACAAAAUGGAAGUUCAGUUGGAAAUGAACAAUUUGGUAAAACAGAUGGAGUUUUCUCAGCAAAACCUGUGAACAGUUCCUAUGAUGUAGCAUAUAAUUCCUAUUCUUUUGAUAGUAACCAACAUUUGCCAAAUGUUACAAAUAAUUAUGAAAGGACAUCUCAUGAUAGCACUGACCAAUCAAAUGCUCCUAAGAUGGGAUCUCUGGUUCAAAACACUAUGCAACACCCACCAAGCUAUCUUGAAGCUCAAACUCGGAACUCAAAUAAAAGUAGUCCCAGGGGUUCAGGGAUACGUAUAGAGCUGAGAAACAAUAAAAAUAAUCCCUAUGCAAAGCAAAUUCUUACUACAGGGAACUCACCAAGACCAGUGAAAUCACAGAACAUUGAAAUGGCAGAGACACAUAGUCCAAUAUUAAAGCUAAAAGCAGCCAAGCCAAAUGGUCCACUGCGUGUUCUUUACAUGGAUUCCAAUAAGAACCUCUCACGGG